GAAGUAAGAAUCAAGAAACAGGGAAAGAUAAAGGGGAGAGAGAAGGGGAGAAAUGGGGAAAUACGCGGAGCUGUUGGACGCAGGGGUGAGAAUAGUGGCGAGGUUCCAUUCCCACUGCCCUCAGACGGCUCGUCUCUACUACCACCCUCCCUCCGACCACCACGACUCAGCGGGUGGGGCCCACUCUCCUCCUCAGGAUCCCACCCGGGCCAUCGGAUUACCACCCGAUUCCGCCGGCACCAACGGGGUUCAGCGCGGCUCGAGUCAGAUGGUCCAUUGCGGCGCCAAGGCCUCCUAUGGGUACGACACCGCCGAUUUCCUCUUCUAUGCCGUUGUUUGAUCCGCGUCACACAACUUUUUUUUUUUUAAAAAAAAAAAGUCAAUUUGUUUAUAAGCCAUAUGGAGAUCUGAGGAUGUUUUUUUUUUUGGGAUUGGUAAUACGAUUGACUAUUCUUUGUUUUUACCGAAUUCAUGUCUUGAAGAGUUCUCUUCUCAUGUUGUCUGUGUGUGUGUGUUUUUUUAUUAUGGUAAAAACUUGGGGUCAGGUCAAUUUUGUUUAUAUGCCA